GGGGUGCGCCGCGUCGCCGCGCCGUGCCCACCGUGCUCGUCGUGCCCGGGCGUGCUCCGAGGAGAUCGUAGGUGUUGUAUUUGUCUGUCUUGAAGACAAUCUGUUAGUACACUCACUGCUCCGGCAGCCGUUGCUGUUUGGAUGUGAGCCGUUGCUUUACGAGUGACUGUUUCAAAGCUGCGGGUGAUCUUUGGGACUUAACUCUUUCCGACUCUCACUCAUCAUAUUUUGAUAGCGGACAGUUACUGCUGAAGCAACUCAUCGUCUUUGUGAACUAAUCACGUGGAUAAUGAUUUUGACAAUUGUGGUUUACGGCUGACCAACUCUGUGCCAUUGAAGAACGAUCGAACGGUGCUGUGGAGCUAAAAUACCGCCUAUGCUCCGAACAAUGGCAAAGAGAAUCGGGUCUCAGGCAACGGCUUCGUGCGGUCUCUUGGCGCUGCUUUGUUUUGGCCUACUACCAACUGGCGACUGCGACACACUCAUGAGAACGGUGAUGGCGACGGCAGGAGACAACGUCACCCUGCCCUGUCCCGGCCUGGCGGGCUCGGCUGCCCCGGACCCGGGAGCGGUCAGGGCCGGAUCCGGAGCCAGGAUUGGAGCCGGGACCAGGGCCAGGGCAGGGACAGCCGGCCACGGUGGAUACCUGGUCUCUCAGCUCACCUGGGAGUGCCCGGGUCGACGCCGAUGUCCCGCCGCUGCCGACGACUCGGGUCGUCUGGCCGAGUUCUCCGGCGGCGCCGUGACCAUCCUUGGAGACCAGAGGCGCCUCUCAGUAGACCGUCACAGCUGGUCACUCACCAUCUCACCGGCCCAGGCCGACGACAGUGGUCACUACAGCUGCUCAUUCAACAGUCAGCCCUCGGAGCGUCGCGUCGUGCUGGUGGUGCUAG